AUGCACGCGAGACCUCUGGAAGUACAGAAUGGAGUAAAUGAGACUAGAAGAGAUUUCUCUUCGAGUUCCUCAUCCUGCGGGAAGAAUCGUGGAGUUUCAAAGAAGAAAGAAUUGUCCGAGAAGAAACUGACGCGCUACUUCAUCGAUCACCGCCGGGUGAAACUGGUGGCAGGGUCCGGGGGAAACGGAGCAUGUACGUUCCACAGUGAACCUCGGAAAGAAUGGGGCGGGCCGGAUGGCGGGAAUGGGGGUAACGGUGGCGACAUCGUAAUCAAAGUGACCAGACAGGUGAAAUCCCUUUCAUCAGUUUUGGCUGUGUACCAUGGGCAGGACGGAGAGUCAGGGGGCAGUAAAAACUGCUAUGGACGAAAUGCUAACUCAACAUACAUCUAUGUGCCUAUAGGUACCAUCGUUAAGGACCAGGGGAAGACAGUAGCGGAUUUGUCGCGUCACGGCCAGCAGUAUGUGGCAGCAUACGGAGGAGCAGGAGGGAAGGGCAACCGCUUUUUCUUAUCCAACGAGAACCGUGCACCAAUGAUGGCUACUCCUGGGGAGAAAGGCCAGGAGAGGGUUCUCCAUCUGGAACUGAGAACGAUGGCCCAUGCUGGACUGGUUGGUUUUCCAAAUGCAGGGAAGUCGUCUUUGCUUAGAGCUAUUUCCAAUGCCAAGCCGGCGGUCGCAUCUUACCCUUUCACCACUCUAAACCCACAUGUGGGAAUUGUCCAAUACAGAGACCAUGAACAAGUUGCAGUGGCAGACAUUCCUGGGUUAAUCCAUGGUGCUCAUAUGAAUCGCGGCUUGGGUAUUUCUUUCCUCCGACACAUUGAACGAUGUCGCUUCCUGCUCUUUGUUUUGGACCUAUCGUCUCCAGAGCCCUGGGCCCAGCUGGAACACCUACGCUUUGAGCUGGACCAGUACGACCCCGGUCUUUCACUGCGCCCUCGCGCAAUCGUGGCCAAUAAAAUGGACCUUCCCGAGGCUCGUGAGAACCUGCAAGCUCUGAGGAACCGGGUCACAGAGCGUAUUAUCCCUGUUUCAGCACUAACAGGUCAGAACACUGAGGAACUCAUCCUCCAUCUCAGAGAACUAUAUGAUGGCUACCUGGAAAGUGAGAGCAAAGCAGCAGAUUCACCAGUGAAGUGGUAA